AGCCAAUUCCCGCAUAUCACCAUUUGUGUUUGGACUUUUGGGUAUAUCAUCGUCAGUCACCCACCUUUAUCCAUUAACAUUCUUAGUUCUCCCCAGUGACUCUACAAUGGGGAAAGGCACUAAUAAGUUCGUCAAAAACACCAAACAACUCUUCGAUAGCCAAUUCAAAUUCUUCAAUCGCCAUUUAGGCGAACCCUUGGCCCAUUUGCUGGACAUACCCGUCAAAAUCAUACUCUCCCCUUUCACCAUCGCCAAUGACAUUUCCGGUUCUGCCCCUCGUGGCUUUGGCAUCCCAGAAUUCAUCUCCAAAGUUUCUUAUUCCGCUAUCUUUGCGGUUGCUGCUCUUGGGACUUGUGAUAUUGCACUGGAGUUGGGAAAGAAAGUGAUUUGUCAAAGAAACUGUCAAACUUGCAACGGAUGGAAUGCUUUAAGGUGUACCAUGUGCAGAGGCACAGGGAAAGUCAUGUACCAGGUGAAAAACUACACAUUAAGAAGUGGAGAGAAAGCAACGGCUGAAGCUAUCGCAGACGCCAUAGCGGAGAAUCGAGCAGAGCUCGUGCAUCUUCCCGCCACCAUGGAUCUUAAUGUUCCACUCCCCUCCAAAGACUGCGACAGCUGUGAUGGAUCCGGUGUGAUGAAAUGCCCUGAGUGCAAAGAUAAAUUACAAAUCAGGAUUUCUGCCGAUGACAUUAUCGAUCCGCCAUGGAAAGCAUACAACAUAAUGAAAAAAAUGGACUAUCCUUACGAGCAUAUUAUCCACAGCAUGAAAGACCCGAGCAUUGCUGCAUUUUGGUUGAUUACGAUGCCCCAGAUUAUGGGAGGAUUUGAAUUCGAUGAUGAGGUCAAGCAGAAAAUUUGGUGGCAAUACAAGGAAAAUAUGCGGUAUGAUCAUCUUCGGGAUGCUGUAGCCAAGAGAAAACCUGGAUGGGAGUACUUGCAAGAAGGUUUGAUCUCAAUGGAUCCCGAACGUGCAAGGAAUGAUCCGGUGGUCGUUAAGAACAUACCUUACUACAAAGCCAAAACUGCAUUAGAGACGGAAGUCAUGAAACUUAAUCCGCCACCACGACCUCAAAACUGGGGGGAGCUCGAUGUUCCACUAAAUGAAUCUUCAUGGAGUGAGGAAGACUUAAAGGAUCCAAAAAAGUUGUAUGAAAUGACGGUUCUUCUCAACGCCCAACGAGAAAUUGCAGAAAAGAUUUUGGAUGAUCAGUGGGAAACAAAUUGGCGCCAAGAACAGUUGAACAAGAUGUUGGAAGAGAAGCUACAACCAUACAUUCAGAAUAUUGAAAAUGCGGUUCUUCCUCAACCAAUAUUGACUGGACCCCCGAAAAACGAUCAACAGAGUCAUCGUCGAACUAGAAGAUGGUGGUUUUUUUGAUGAGAUACGUGCCAGGUGUUCUGAGAUAUGGUAACAGAGUUACAGAGAUAGGUAAUCGGUUUAUGUUUUAGUGUUUAAUAUAUAUUAAACUACAUUUGAUUUCUGUUGUACUAAAAUUUUUGGUUCAAUAAUUUUAUUAAGAUCAUCAAAUUCUUGAGUGAUCAUAUUAAGCUUC